CGGUGACUAAAGGUUUCGUCUUCUAAGUGUUCAAGUCGCCAAUUGUUGCGCUGCUCCGUCUUCAUUCUACGUGAAUGGUUUUUAAAUUAAUGUAAAGACCACUUAUUCUUGUUUCAGUGGUAAAAGCUUUAUUAAACGAUAUUUUUUUUGGGAGGAGGGGGGGAACCCUUCAGCGGCGUAUCUUAUUUCCACACGGAACACUGUCGCACAGGGAUCGUAAAUACACCGUCGUCGCUGCCCCCUUCGAUCGGUCCGGAAGGCGGUAGAGGAAACGAUGAGGAUUUGACAAAGAAAACAAUCCGCCCGUUUCAAUGAAACAACCCGGCGUUCUGUCUCGAGGUGAAAGCAGAGCCGUCGACUUCCCCGGCGCCGGUGUCAGAAAGUGAAGAGCUUCCGCAAUGGAGUCGUGUCGGCGGACCGGACUCAGCGGGGUCCUGUGCUCCCUGUCACUGCUGUGUGUCAUCCUGGACAUCCAACUGGACGGCGUCUUGGGGGCGACCCGCGUCGAGAUCGAGCACCACUUGGAAAUGGGCCGCAAGCUUUUGGCGGCCGGUCAGCUGGCCGAGGCCUUGUCCCACUACCACUCGGCUGUGGAGGGAGACUCCAAGAAUUACCUGACCUACUACAAGCGAGCUGCGGUCUUCCUGGCUAUGGGGAAAUCCAAAUCUGCCCUGCCGGACCUGACCAGAGCCAUCCAGCUCAAGCCUGACUUUUUGGCUGCCAGGUUGCAGAGGGGGAAUAUCCUGCUGAAGCAGGGCAACACGCUGGAGGCCAGGGAGGACUUUGAAGCAGUGCUGCAGCGCUCUCCAGACCACGACGAAGCUCACAACCAGCUCUCGAGAGCAAAGGAGCUGGAGGAGCUGCAGGAGGAGUCCCACGCUGCUUACCACCAAGGGGACUACAGCACUGCCAUUGCCGUGCUGGAGAGAGUUAUAGAGGUCGCUCCUUGGGACCCCGAGUCGCGGGAGCUCCGUGCGGAAUGCUACAUCCGAAUGGGCGAUCCGCAAAAAGCCAUCCAGGAUCUGACUCCGACGACGAGGCUGCGCAACGACAACCGUGCCGCCUUCCUGAAGCUCAGCACACUGCAUUAUAGCCUGGGAGAACACCACGAGUCACUCAAUCAUGUCCGGGAGUGUCUGAAGCUCGACCAGGACGACAAGGAGUGUUUCAGCCACUACAAGCAGGUGAAAAAACUCAGCAAGCAGCUGGACUCGGCAGAGGAGCUCAUUCAGGAGGAGAGGUAUGAGGAGGCCAUUGAUAAGUACGAAUUGGUGAUGAAAACGGAACCUAAUGUUUUAUACUACACCAACUUGGCCAGAGAGAGGAUCUGCUUCUGCCUCGUCAAGAUCAAGUCGGCUCCGGAGGCGAUAGACGUGUGCUCGGAGGCCCAUCAGCGAGCCCCCCGCAACGCCAACAUCCUCCGAGACCGAGCGGAGGCGUUCAUCCUCAACCAGGAAUACGAGAAAGCGGUGGAGGACUAUCAGGAGGCGAGAGAGUUCGAUAGUGACAGCAACGAAAUCAGAGAAGGAUUGGAGCGAGCACAGAAACUGCUCAAACUCUCUCGCAAGAGAGACUACUAUAAAAUCCUCGGUGUCGGCAGGAAUGCCAACAAGCAGGAGAUCAUCAAGGCAUACAGGAAGCUGGCACAGCAGUGGCAUCCGGACAACUUCCAGUCGGAGACGGAGAAGAAGGAGGCGGAAAAGAAAUUUAUCGACAUUGCUUCGGCUAAAGAGGUCCUAACCGACCCAGAAAUGAGGCAGAAGUUUGACGCCGGCGAGGAUCCCCUUGACCCGGAGAACCAGCAAGGUGGUGGUGGUGGAGGACAGCAGGGCUGGCCUUUUCACUUCAACCCCUUCGAGUCCGGGGGCAGCUACCACUUCAAGUUCCAGUACAACUAGACAAAGGAAGAUGACUUUUACGAACACAGAGGGCGGCGGGGAGGGGUGGGCGACAUUUUUCCGGAUCGGAUGGGACAUAGGGAGAAGAUCUGUGGCGCUUUUACGGAGAAGUCUUCCUCCAGAACUUGUGCUUCUGCCUGGAAACCGUUCCGUGGGUUACUUGAACCUUUUGAUUUUUGUUUUCAUGCUGUGUCUGGACAGCAGAGGUUUGAGCUUUUAAGUCAAAAAGAAGCUGGACUUAACCACAAAAACUAAGGACCUUAUUGAACUUGUGGCACCCGAUGAGCUAACGUGUUGUUAUCUUGUGUCAACAUUUCAGGUCCUUAGGAAUGGAAAAGUGAUGGUUGAAAAAGCAGUCACUGGACUUGGGAUUGUCUGCUCUUAUUACUUUAUUUUUUUGUGCCAUUUAUUUUAAAAACUUUAUUGAAGAACUCCUUUUUAUUAAAAAAAAAAUUGCAGUUGCUCCAGCUUGGACAUUACAUAGAUUGCUGUCGGUUUUCAUCGCAGCAUUCUUUAGAGCAAUUAAAUGUUGACUGAUCUUGGUCUAUAUUCGUCUUGACCAUGUCAAAGGAGCUCUACACGAGGAAACAAUAUUCUCCUUGUUGGGCUUCUACAUUAACGAUAAGUGGACAAGAUUUUAGCACGAGGUGUAAAAGUUCUGAAAUCCUAUGGAUCUUGAAUCAUCGUAGUCGCUCUGUGAUUUUGCUUUUGUUUUUAUUGGAAUGAUGUGUGAUGUCUUCAUUUGGGUAGAAAUAUACUGUCCACGGACAAUACAUCCAAACUGCAAACAUUAUGGGUGUAACCGAAAUUUGAAAAGUGGGUCAAAAUGCUAGAAAUAACCGACGUAGUUCACUAUUUAUUGUGCAAAGGCGUGGCAACCGAUGACUGAGUGAAGAACUGUAAUAUUUCCUUCUCUCUCUCUCUCUCUCCCUCCCUUAUAACUCAUGUCUUUGGAAACUGGCACUUUUAAAAACCACUCCACAUGUUCUCCACUCCUGAAAUGUUACUGCAGGCUUUAAAAGAAGAGGAAAAAAAAGUCUUUUACAAACCGAGUGUGUCUUCAGUGGCUAUCUGAUAGCCUCCAUAUACGAAUAGGUCUAACAAAAAUAUGUGGAAUGUUACAGAGUUGGGAGCUUGCACACCUGAGGCGCAACUGUGUGCAAAUCACAAACGAUUUAAUUGGAGAUUAGUCCCAACAGGUGGCACUGAGAGGCACACUUGUUGGAGAUGAAGGCGUAACAAAGUGCAACUUUGCGACAAGGCGGUAGGUUUUACUGACCACACAGCUGUUUAACUAAAACUGACAAUUCUUUUUUUAAAGAUUUUAUUCUCUUUUAUUUAGCACAAAUUAAGUUAUAUUUUUCUCUAUCUUAUGGACUGUAACUGCUUUGAAUCCCUUCUACUUCUCGACCACGUGAACCAAUGUGACAAGCUCUUUGUAUUUAAAUUGGACUGUUCGGUUUCUGGGGGUUUUCCUGUCGUUAGGGGCACUGAUUUUUUUUUUUUUUGGUUGCCAAACUGAAUCAUGCUCAAGUGUAUUAAAAUAUUGAAACAA